AUGUUCGAGUCCCUCACCCCGGAGCGCGCGAUCGAGCUCGCCGGAGCCGGCGCGUUUCAGGUCCGGCUCACGGCGCUCCUCAUGCUCGCCAACGCGGGAGACGCGGUGGAGGUGCUCAGCGUCGCGCUCAUCCUGCCCACCGCCGGGGCGGAGUUCGGGCUGUCGGCGUCGCAGAAGGGCGUGCUCACGUCCGCGGUGUUCGCGGGCGCGCUGCUGGGUAGCGUCGCGUGGGGCUUGGCGGGAGAUCGCAUCGGCAGGAGGCGGAUGCUCGCAACCGCGCUCGCCGUGAACGCCAUCUUCGCGCUCGCCUCGGGAACCGCGCGAACCUUCUGGUUCCUCGUGACGUGUCGCGUCCUCGCGGGGGUGGGCGUGAGCGGAUGCAACACCGCCGCGUUCACCGCGCUCCCGGAGUUCCUGCCCUGCCACGCGAGGGGUAAACACACGGUGGCGCUGGCGUCGGGGUGGAUGGUGGGGUCCAUAUACUCGGCGUCCAUCGGGUGGGCGAUCAUCCCGACGAAGGGUUGGCGAACCUUCGUCUACGUCUCGGCGGCGCCCGCCAUCGCGUGCCUUGUCGGGGUCGUGACGUGGAUGCCGGAGUCGCCCAGGUUCCUCGCGACGCGCGGGCGCGGCGAGGAAGCGACGGAGGUGAUACGGAGGAUCGCGAGAGGGAACGCGCGGGAGACGCGAGUGCCGCGGGACGCGCGAGUGGAGGUGCGAGUGGAGGAGGUCGAAGUCGGAAGUUCGGGCGCCUCCCCCGUCGGUGCCUUUGUCGGGGCGCCUCAGCGGCGGCGAAAGGGCGGGUUCGCGUGGGCCUGGAUCGCGCCGCUGCGGAGCCUGUGCGCACCGCCGCUGGGGUCGAGGGCGGCGUCCAUCGGGUUCGUGUGGUUCUCGCUAUCGUGGGGUUGGUACGGGGUGAUGCUCUGGCUACCGGAAUAUUUCGCUCGGCUGGCCGACACGUCCGACGGUGCUUCGACGAACGAGCCGCCGUCGACGAACGUGUACGCGGAGAACGCCGCGGUGGCGUGGGCCAACCUCCCGGGUAACAUCGCGAGCGCGUUCCUCGUCGAUUCCGUCGGGAGACGGGCGACGCUGACGUGGUGCAUGGCAUCAUCGGCGGCGUUUUUGGCGGUUUUCGCCCUCGCCGUGUGCGCGUGCGCAUUCAACGCGCUGUCCGUCGGGGGAUGGAACGCCCUGGACCUCUUCACCUCCGAGGCGUUCCCGACGGAGGUGAGGUCGACGGCGAUGGGCGCGCUCGGCGCAUGCGGCCGAUUGGGUUCGGCCAUUGGGACUGGCGUCGCGGGCGCCGCGGUAGAAGGCGGGCUGAUGAUGCCGCUGGCGCUGUGCGGCGGCGCGAUGCUGGCGGGGGCGGGGGUGACGGGGUGCAUGACGCUGGAGACGAAGGGUCGCGAGCUGGAGGAUCGCGCCGCGGCGGGAGGCGGGCGCGAGGGGUUCUUCGAGUUGGUGGACGAAGAGGAGCUCAUCGCGGGGUGA